AUGGUAACUGUGACACUCACUCGACCUAUUCGCAUGCUUUUCUUCGAGCUCAUCGCCCUGGCCGCUUGCACCUACCUCGCCCUCGCUUAUGGGAUAUUUUAUUUGUACUUUGAAGCUUAUCCGAUUAUAUUCAAAGGUAUCUAUGGUCAAUCGUCUGGCGUGUCUGGGCUUAUGUUCCUCCCCAUUGGUGGUGGUGCAACUCUAAACAUCAUCGUAUCUCUCUUAUGGGAUACAUUUUUGCGCAAGCAUCUAACAAAAUUUGGGCGGAAAAAGAAGAAUGCUUAUGAGGUCUUCGCCGCGAGCGCCAUGGCUGCAUCGAGCUGCUGUAGAAGCUUAGCUGGGGCGGUGUCGCCGUUUGUAACGAAACCCAUGUAUACAAAACUGGGUGUGCCAUGGGCAAUAUUCCGAUAUUAUUUACGUGGAAGGGUGGUCGUAUCAGGGUUGGGAGUGUAUUUUGUCAGGAGCUUAAAGAACGAUAAAUUAAAGAAUUGGAAGACUUGCAAAGAGAAAAAUUGGUGA